AAAAGGAGAAAAAAAAUCGGAAAUAUCUCUGUCCGCUCGCUGUUCGCUUCCCAGGUCGGCGAGGCGGCUGCGUGGUGAUGGCGGCGAUCUCGCGCGCGAUCCGGGCGUGCGCCGCCGCGGCGGGGUGGUCCGGGCGGGGCAUGGCCUCGUCGGCGAAGGAGGUGGCGGCGGCUGGGGCGAGGGCGGCGGCGGCGGUGGCGCGCCGCGGGCGGGACCCGGAGGACGGGAGGCGCGUGCAGUGGGUGUUCCUCGGCUGCCCCGGGGUGGGGAAGGGCACCUACGCCAGCCGCCUCUCGCAGAUGCUCCGCGUGCCCCACAUCGCCACCGGCGACCUCGUCCGCGACGCCCUCGCCUCCCCUGGCCCCUUCUCCAAGCAGCUGGCGGAGAUUGUGAAUAAUGGAAAGCUUGUGUCGGAUGAGAUCAUAAUAAAUCUUCUGUCAAAGCGGCUGGAAGAGGGAGCAGAAAAGGGUGAAUUGGGUUUCAUACUUGAUGGUUUUCCAAGAACCAUAAGACAAGCGGAGAUACUUGAAGGAGUCACAGAGAUUGAUUUGGUUAUCAACCUCAAACUCCGAGAAGAGGCUCUGCUUGCAAAAUGCCUUGGUAGAAGGAUGUGCAGCCAAUGUGGUGGAAAUUUUAAUGUAGCUUCCAUUGAUAUGGAGGGUGAAAAUGGUGGUCCUCGAAUGUACAUGCCUCCACUACUCCCUCCUCCUCAGUGUGAAUCGAAGUUGAUUACUAGAGCUGAUGAUACUGAAGAGGUGGUAAAGGAGCGAAUGCGUGUUUACCAUGAUUUGAGUGAGCCAGUGGAGAAAUUCUACAGGGCACGUGGGAAACUCUUGGAGUUCAAUUUACCAGGAGGAAUACCGGAAUCAUGGCCAAAGUUACUGCAGGCAUUGAAUUUAGAAGAUUCUGGCAAUGAAAGAUCUGCAGCAGCAUAAUUUUGCUUAGAACUGUGCGUUAUGUAUUUGUAGUCCUAUGCCAGAAGUACUUAAGUGAUGAGUAUUCCUUGUACCACUAGAAGUAGGCCAUUCGAGUUAUCAAAAUUAUUUUGAUACAGCACUUAAUUGUAUAGGUGAUUGAUCAUCGAUGUUGCAUGAUCGAUGAGUGUGCUGGAAUGAAAAGACUUCCAAUAAACCUAGGGACAUUUAUUUGUAGCCAACUAUAAUUGUUGAAAGCAAACCAAGGCAAGCUUUGAUAGUAUAAGGUUUAUUGGAAGUUUCCUUGUAAUGCAACAAUGCAUGUUUGACAACAACACACAGCAACCAUUGUAAUGAAAUUCUGGUGCUAUUUACACACUGACAAUGUUUGUAUAAGGGUCUGAAGUUUCCUUGUCGCAGGU